CCUUCCUGCUUGUCCGUCCUGCUCCUCCACUCCCACAGUAAGUCUCACACUCACCCCUCCACUCCACAAAUCAAGUUCGGAUCGUGGAAUUCGGGUCCAGGACGAGAUGCGGGCGCUGUGGGUCGUGACGUGCGCGCUGCUGGCCGCUGCGAGGCCCGGCGUGGAGUCCGAGCUGGUGACGCUGGUGCAGCCGGAGCCCGCCGCCGCCGCCGCCGAGUCCGCCUUGCUCAAGCCCAAGGUCCUCAUCGCCAUCGUGGCUCGCAACGCGGCGCACAGCCUGCCUCACCACCUGGGCUGCAUCGAGAGGCUGGACUACCCCAAGGAGCGCAUCGCCAUCUGGGCAGCGAGUGACCACAAUGUGGACAACACCACGUCCAUGUUGAGAGAGUGGCUGAAGAACGCUCAGCGUCUCUACCAUUACGUGGAGUGGCGGCCCAUGGAGGAGCCCAAGUCCUACACGGACGAGUGGGGUCCGAAGCACUGGCCUCCGUCCAGGUUUAAUCAUGUGAUGAAGCUGAGACAGGCGGCACUCAAGACUGCCAAGGAACGAUGGGCCGACUUCAUACUGUUUGUAGACAGCGACAACCUGCUGACCAAUCCUCGUGUGCUCAACCUUCUCAUCGCCGAGAACCUGACCCUGGUGGCCCCCAUGAUGGAGUCCCGCUCCCUGUACUCCAACUUCUGGUGUGGCAUGACCCCCCAGGGUUACUACAAGCGAACUCCAGACUACCAGCCAAUCAGGGAGUGGAAGCGUCAGGGCUGCUUCCCGGUUCCCAUGGUGCACAGCACCUUCCUACUAGACCUGCGUCGCCAGGCCAGCCGGGAUCUGACCUUCUACCCUCCUCACCCGGACUACAGCUGGUCCUUUGAUGACAUCAUGGUGUUUGCAUUCUCCGCACGUCAAGCGGGUGUGCAGAUGUUUGUGUGCAACAGAGAGCAUUAUGGCUUCCUUCCCGUCCCCCUUAAGGCACAGCAGAAUGUGGAGGACGAAUAUGAGAGCUUCACACACACCAUCACGGAGGCCCUGAUUGACCACAAUGUUGACCCUUCUGAGCACCUGUACUUGCCGCCAUCGCCACAGGACACCAUCGGUUUGAAUAAUGUGUUCCUGAUAAACCUGAAGCGUCGGCUGGACAGAAGAAGCCGGAUGUUGAAAACAAUGACCUCACUGGGCCUGCACACCACGCUGACAGACGCAGUGGACGGCAAAGCCCUGAACACGUCCCAGCUGCAGGCCCUAGGAAUAGAAAUGAUGCCGGACUACAAGGACCCAUACUCAGGCCGGGUCCUGACCAGAGGCGAGAUCGGCUGCUUCCUCAGCCAUCACUCCAUCUGGAGACAGGUGGUGGAGCGUGGCCUACAGAAAGUUCUUGUUUUAGAGGACGACGUGAGGUUUGAACCUCGGUUCAAGCGACGGCUACAGGCGAUCAUGGACGACGUAGACAAAGCCCAGCUGGACUGGGACCUCAUCUACGUGGGGCGCAAGCGCAUGCAGGUGCAGCAGCCUGAGCGCUCGGUGGAUGGUGUCAACAACCUGGUGGUGGCCGACUACUCGUACUGGACGCUGGGCUACGUGCUGUCGCUGCAAGGCGCCAGGAAGCUCCUGGCCGCGGAUCCUUUCUCCAAGAUGUUGCCGGUCGAUGAGUAUCUGCCGGUCAUGUUCAACAAACACCCCAAUGUGGACUACAUGUCCCACUUCCAUCCCAGAAACCUGAAGGCCUUCUCGGUGGAGCCGCUGCUCAUCUACCCCACCCACUACACAGGGGAGCCGGGCUACAUCAGCGACACGGAGACCUCCACCAUCUGGGACGACGAGGCCGUGGCCACCGACUGGGACCGGCAGCAGGCCCGCAAGACCGCCCAGCAGGGUCAAAUACUCACCGUGGCCCAGAACAGCGUCACGGGGGACUCGCCGCCGCCUGCAGCCAGAGCCUCGCGGGAUGAACUGUGAUCAAGAGAGAGAGGAGACUGUGUGGUGUGCACACUUGGAAAGACACACUGAAGCAGAAAUACUGUAUACACACACACACACACACACACACAUAGCAGGAAGUGCCUUAAUUUAUUCUCCUUUGGGUGUCGCCAUAGAAACUCACAAAUCACACUGCUGUUGUUUUUUAUCUUAUUUAAAAGCUUUCUAGUUUGCAAGUGUGCAUGUGCUGUGCCACACACACUGACACACACACACACACACACACACACACCCCACACCAUACACACACACCUACAGAGUACAGCCCUUUCUUGCCGAACACUGCAGCAGGCUGGUCCUGAUAGUUCUCGUCACACAUCCUUCAUAAAGUAACUAAAUACGAAAUAUUCCCAAUGUACAAUUCAUUCUUCCAUGUGCUGUCGAACCAAUAAAACAACUUCCUCAUACCAGUGUUGUCCAGACACCA